GAAGAUAUGACGAGAUUGAAUCCUUGAGAUUCCAUAAUUUUGUACACCGACCUCCUCGGUGGCCGGCCUUGGCUUUUCCUCACUCACACCCCCCACGCUUCAAUCCCACCCAUUCCUUCUUUCUCUUUCCUCCUCCCUCCUUACUCCAUCCCCAUCCCCAAUUAAAAGAGAAAAUAACUACCAAAAUCUAUGGUAGUCUCCUCCCCAGAACCGCGGCUGAUGACCGCCGCCGCCGCCGCCUCCGCCGCCGCUGCCCAGCAGCCACCACCGCCGUUGGUCUUCGACGCCGCCAUCCUCAGCCAGCGGUCGGACAUUCCGGUCCAAUUCGUCUGGCCGGAGGAGGACAAGCCCACCCCGGACGCCGACGAGGAGCUCACCGUCCCUCUGAUCGACCUCGGCGGCUUCCUCUCCGGCGACCCCGCCGCCACCGCGGAGGUCUCCAGACUCGUCGCCGAGGCGUGCGGGCGGCACGGGUUCUUCCAGGUCGUCAACCACGGCAUCCCCUCGGGCCUCCUCGCGGAGGCCCAUAGCUGCAUCGAGGCCUUCUUCUCGAUGCCUCUCGCCGAGAAGCAGAGAGCCCAGAGGAAGCCCGGCGAGAGCUGCGGCUAUGCGAGCAGCUUUACCGCGAGGUUCGCCGAUCGGCUCCCGUGGAAGGAGACCCUUUCUUUUCGCUUCUCCUCCUCUCCUCUCUCCCCAGAUAUCGUCCAGAGCUACUUCGUCCACACUCUCGGCGAAGAUUUCCGGCACUUCGGAAGAAUCUACCAAGACUACUGCGAGGCGAUGAGUAGGCUGUCAUUGGAGAUAAUGGAGGUUCUUGGGAUGAGCCUUGGGGUGGGGCGGGCGCAUUUCCGGGAGUUUUUCCAAGGGAAUGAUUCGAUAAUGAGGCUGAACUACUACCCACGCUGCCAGAAGCCGGAGCUGACCCUCGGCACCGGCCCCCAUUGCGAUCCCACCUCCCUGACCAUCCUUCACCAGGACGACGUCGGCGGUCUCCAGGUGUUCACCGAUGGCAAGUGGCGCGCCAUCAGCCCCAAUCCCGAUGCCUUCGUCGUCAACAUCGGCGACACCUUCAUGGCGUUGUCGAAUGGGCGGUACAAGAGCUGCCUGCACCGGGCGGUGGUGAACAGCAAGGUGGCGAGGAAGUCAUUGGCCUUCUUUCUGUGCCCGGAGAUGAACAAGAUAGUGCGGCCGCCGGAGGGCUUGGUGGACGCCGGGCACCCAAGGGCCUACCCGGACUUCACGUGGUCGACGUUGCUCCAGUUCACCCAGAAGCACUACAGGGCCGACAUGAAGACGCUCGAUGCCUUCACCAAGUGGAUCCUCCAGGCGGAGGGGACCGUGCCACAGUGACGACAUAGCUGGUGGGAUGUUCUUUAUUUUGUUCAUUUUCGUUUAGUGCUGAAACCUUUUUGAUCCAACUAGCUAGCUCGGGGGUCCGAGAUUUGAUCUGAAGAAAAUAACGAGGCUGGAAAUAAAACACAAGUAAGAGGAGGAGCAGAGAAACCUGUUAACCCUUUUCACUGGAGCCAGCCACUGUUAAUACCACCUGUGAAAAGAAGAGCUCAUAAAGGCCAAAAUAUAUCUCCUGUUGUCACUCACUAUCGCUUUUCUUUUCUUUCUUUCUUUUUGUUUCCUUUUAUUUCAUUUUUGAGCUACAAAAUAGAGAAAGAGAGGUGGGAGCAUCCAAUUAGGCUAUGAUAGGAGGAGCAGGCAAAAGAACAAGCUUCGAUGGCAUAUGUUUUCAUGGGAACAGGAGAUUGCGAUCAUGAUCGAGGGACGGGAUACCAAACGGGCGAACGGAUCGAUAUCCUCUCAGCACUGGCUUGUCCUAGUUCGCAGCUAGUUUUUCUAUUUCUCUUUUGUCCCUAGCGCCUUGCCGCGGGGACCCCUUUUGUAGUUAGCCUGGUGAAAACG